AUGAAGAUACCUCUCGAUGAUAUCAGUUUUAUUGCUGCACGUGCACGAUAUUUUCGGAUAUUAGAUGAGCUUCGUGCCGAUAAUGCUAUAAUAUUUUAUCAAGAUGAAACAUGGAGUAAUGCUGGUGAUGAGAAGAGAAGCAUUUGGAUAGCUGAAGGUGGUAGUGGACGUUUGAAAAAGUCUGAUACGAAAGGUGAGAUUGAAAAGAUGAUCAUUUAUUUGCAUACAAUACUGUUGAAUCAAUCUUUCCCAGGUAAAAGGCUAGCAUUAAAUGGAAUCAUCAAUGAAAUGGGAUUUNUAACGAUAAAAAACAAUUGA